GAUUUCAGAUAAGGUCCUUACAUGCAGGACUACUUGAGAGUUACAUGAUGUUACCUUCCUACACCUGAUCGUCAACGUAGAACAUCCAAACCUACAUCUUCACAUCUAUCUUUUUUUUUUGGGUGGCUUCUUUGUGCUUUUUGUUCAUGCUACUUAAACGUCUCGAAUUCAUGUCUAUUUUCUUCACUCUGCAUCCCAUUGUCGCAAGCCGUAUCCUUUUCCAAGCUUGUCGGAUCUGUGAGGUGCUUUAGAACAGCCGCGUACGACCACGUCCUUCCCCAGAUUCUUCGGAGAUGUCGUCCGACGAGCACGUCACAGCCCAACCACAGAUAUCAGUGGUACUUGGAGGCAUAGGCACAGCGUGCUGGUGCAUACAAAUUCUGCCGCAGAUAUGGAAGAACUGGCGACGGCAUACCACGACAGGCGUGCCAAGUCAUAUGCUUCUGCUCUGGGCAUCUGCCAUGCCUUUCUUUGGCGCUUAUUGUAUCCUUCGGGAAAACAAUCUGGCCAUUCAGGCCCAGCCUCAAAUAUUUUGCUCUCUCUGUCUCUUGUGCUGGAGUCAGACGUUAUACUAUGCAAAAAAAUACAAACCUUGGCAAGCAAUAUUGACGGCCCUCGCUACGGGCGCUGGCUUUGCAGCCCUUGAGUUAGCCCUUGUACUUGGGAUAAGAAUCCCAUACAACAAAGGCGUUCAGUGGCCACUAACAGCACUAGGCGCAUGGGCCUGCGCUCUUCUGAACCUAGGUCUCAUCGUCCCAUUUUAUCAAGCGUACAAAGAUGGUUGGCGCUUCAUUGGUCUCUCUUUCCGCUUCGUCGCUAUCGAUUUUGCUGGCGCGUUGUUUUCCCUCGUCUCGCUUGCUACACAGCACAAGUGGGACAAAUUCGGGGGCGCGUCUUACAUCAUCGUCAUGAUACUGGAAAUAGGGCUUGUGGUUGUACAGCUAUCGUGGAUCUGGCGUAAUAGAGACACGAUUCGGACGGCACGAGCGGCAGGCAAGACGUACGACGAGUAUGUCGCCGCCAAAGAGCAGAAACAAAAGAUUCAUGACGAGGAAGCCGUAGAAUCGGCUCGCACAUCGAGCGACGGCAAUAAAACCAAUGAAGAUCACGUAGAAGAUUGCUGUGCAAGGAAGCAUGCAAGUGUGGCGGCCGAGACCAAAUAAAACAAUGAGUGAUAUCGGGAAGUUUCUAAGGGCGUCUAAAAGGAAGAAAAGGAUCUGAGGAUAUCCCAUUGUCAAUGAACGAAAAUGACAAAAGUUACGAGAUGUGAAAGACAAUUUUCUCAGGCAAAACCACGGCGCGCGAUUUUACUAUCUGUAGCUUAAAGACUAAUCCAAAAUGGAGAAGAACUAUCGAUGAAC